AUGCAAAAAUCGGUCAAUCAGACGACAUCGACUAACCUUAACUGGUGGAAAUGGGAGACAAAACCGCCGUCCGCCUCGAGGUACCACGAUUGGGCCUCCAAGUUCAAGCGCAACGUCAAGGCCCGCUAUUAUUCUCCUUUUCAUGCCGACGCGGAACGUGCCUUAUUUGCCCCAACGUUGAAACAUCUUACACCGAGGAUUACCUCGUCUUCAGUGGUUCACGACAAUGGCACUGGUGCUGGUGCUGCCACUUCAGUCAUUCUCGACAUGCUUGACCCUAAGUUUCUGGAUGAAAUCCCAGAGAUUUUGAUUACCGACACUUCCAAGCUAGACGUAGCAAAUGAGUGCUAUAGCCAGUGGAGCCCCAGAAUCACGGCUGUCAAGGCAGACUCUCAGGAUUUAAGCAGCAUUCCUGAUCGGAAGUUCACUCACUCUAUUGCCAUGUUCACGGUGUUCCAUUUCCCGGAUGCGCCUCAAAGCCUCCGUGAGAUUUACCGCACUCUCCAGCCCGGCGGGGUCGCAGUGCUUCUUGCGUGGAAGCGAUCUGGAUGGUGCUCGGUUAUCCGUCAAGCGCAGAGCCUUGUUCGCCCCGAUCUGCCUCUUGAAAUCUUUUCCAGCGUAGAUUUCAGUGGAGAAGGUGUGCUGUUCAAAUUUGUCGUCGAGGCUGGAUUCAGCGAGGCAAAAGUGGAAGUGAGACAAGAGAGAACUGUACGGAAAGGCGAGCAUAUCGAAGAGAUGAAAAAGUCCAUCUUGUGGGAUGGGUUUCGGGAUGCUAUGACAAAAGGCUGGACUGAUGAAGAGAAAGGGAGAUGGCCCGCUGCCGUUGAGGAGGCCAUCCAAAAAGAUGUUGAACAAUAUGGAGGGGUUUUGUUCGAAUCCUGGACUGCAACUGCUUAUAAGGAAGCCAAGUAA